CUCUGUUGUAUGCCGACGACACGAGACUAGCCAUGAUGGCCAUCGACUUCCCGAGGCGAUCUCACUGUCCUUCCGACCGGCUUGAAUGAAGCAUCUUCUUUUCACCUCGAUACAGUCUGAAUCAAAUAACCAUGGCUCCAGAUAGAGGAACAUCCAGAAGUCCCGACUACCAGUCCAUCCCAACCCCACCUUCGAACUCGCAGCAUGAAGAUACAGACGAGAACGUGGAAGAGCGCCAGCGCCGUCGCAGCGAAGCACGAAGAUUCAUCGCUCACCAUGCGAGUGAAGGGCAGAACUUUACCAUCCGCGGAAUACUCGUGGGACUUUUCGUCGGACUGGUAAUCUGCUUCUCAAAUAUGUAUUUUGGUUUGCAAACCGGCUGGGUGUCUAGCAUGAGCAUGCCUUCCUCGCUCAUCGGCUUCGCAUUCUUCAAAACGCUGUCGAAACACCUGGAUCUGCCGUUCACGCCCGUGGAAAAUGUGCUUGUCCAGACGGUGGCUGGUUCAAUGGGGACGAUGCCCUUGGGAUGUGGUUUCGUGGGUGUGAUGCCUGCGUUGAACUAUAUGCUGAAGCCGGAGGAAGGCGGCCCUUUGUUCUUGAGUCUCUGGAAAUUGGUACUCUGGGCACUGGGACUCUGCUUCUUUGGCGUGGUGUUUGCGGUCCCGUUGCGGAAACAGGUUAUCAUAAGAGAGAAACUUAAGUUUCCUUCUGGGACGGCGACGGCGUUGAUGAUUGGUGUCUUGCAUGGGAGGGAAACGAUCACUGAUACUACUGUCAGUCAAACGACGUCGAGCAAUGCGCGUCCAGAGGAAGAACCGGCGGAAGCAUACACUGCGGAUGAAGCUGCAGAUGUGGAAGAGGUCAACAAGAUGCAAUCAAGCAAUUGGAAAGCUAACGUCAAGCUGCUCAUUAUAUCGUUUGUUAUAUCUGGGUUGUAUACUCUUGCUACAUACUUCUUUCCCAUACUUCGGAAUCUGCCAGUAUUUGGAUGGACAUUGGCUGAGUCUUGGUUGUGGACAUUAAACCCUUCUUUGGCUUAUGUCGGACAAGGAAUCAUUAUGGGACCAGCUACUACAACACAUAUGCUCCUUGGAGCGAUUGUGGGUUGGGGUAUACUUUCUCCGCUGGCCAAAAACCGAGGUUGGGCUCCAGGACCUGUGGAUGAUUGGGAGAAGGGCAGUAAAGGGUGGAUUGUUUGGGUGUCUUUGGCCAUCAUGCUAGCUGAUUCAGUAAUCAGUCUUGGCUACAUUGCUUUUGCCCCCAUAGUCACUCACGGUGGAGAGUACCUUGGAGAUGCUCGCCGGAAGAUCAUGAAGCGUGAUUGGAAGGGCCUUCUUCACGUUGGACCGACCCAGAACAGAGUGGGAUAUGCCCAGAUCAGAGGAGGUGAAGAAGUCUUAACACCACUCGAGGAAACUGAACCUGUUUCUCGAGACUCGAAUUUCUCCCAAGAGGAAGAGGUCAAAGAUCUUCCAGAACCUGAUGCACCACAGGAACACCUCGUCAACAACAGAACUGUUUGGAUUGGCAUGAUAUUGUCAGUGGUCUUCUGCGUCGGCACAAUACGAAUCGUAUUCGGUGCUCUGGUCCCCAUAUACGCUACUAUCAUUGCCGUUCUCAUGGCAUUGGUACUUUCCAUUAUGGGAGUGCGAGCGCUGGGCGAAACUGAUCUCAAUCCCGUUUCUGGUAUCAGCAAGCUGGCCCAACUCUUCUUUGCUCUUAUCAUCCCACAAUCGAACAAGAAUUCUGUCCUCAUCAACUUGAUUGCAGGCGCAGUAUCAGAAGCUGGUGCCUUGCAAGCAGGUGAUCUAAUGCAAGAUCUCAAGACUGGCCACCUACUCGGCGCAGCACCGAAUGCCCAGUUUUGGGGCCAGAUCAUCGGAAGUGCUGUGGGUGCUGUUGUUAGUGCACUGAUCUAUCGACUAUAUACGAGUGUUUAUGAGGUUCCUGGAGACUUGUUCCAGGUUCCAACUGGGUUCGUAUGGAUAUUUACUGCGAGACUGGUCACUGGGAAAGGAUUGCCAUAUAUGGCUUGGCAAUGGGCGUUGGGAGCCGCUGUCAUCUUUACAGCUACGACAAUCCUACGGAUUGUUGGCACUGGCAAGAAAUGGCAUCCCUACAUCCCAGGAGGGAUUGCCGUAGCUGUUGGUAUGUACAACGUCCCAUCCUUCACCCUCGCACGAGCCAUCGGAGGAUUCGUAAACUGGUAUUGGAAAGCUUACCGCAAAAGAGACGAGACUCCCAUCGUGGUAUUAGCCAGUGGUCUCAUCCUUGGCGAAGGAGUUGUUAGCAUCGUGAAUCUACUUUUAGCUAGUGCCUCCGUGCCUCACCUCUAGAUAGUCUACAAAUCUAGCUGAAACAAACCUCUUCCAUCGCUCAGACCAUCCUUUGACCCUCCCUCGCAACAACAUCAAAAAAUUUGAUCCGCGAGUCAUUGCCAUCGGCUGAAAGUAUUAGCUUUCGUUGCGUGUCGCAGUUUUUAGACACUUUGUUAGCCCUGACACCGACUUGAAGUCUGUCUCAACCUACUCUCGCUCGACUCGUAGUUUCGAUUGCCGUGCCACCCCUUUAGCCUUUGGACUUGCUUAGGCUGGGAGACGAAUCUUCGUUGCGUGUCGCAAUUUUUUAGUUUGGAGGUUAAGUUUAGUAUCUGGUGUCGGCGGGAUGGCUAUGCAAGUUGGUGGGUGAGUCUCCUUGGCGCAUGCGCGGAUCGGGCUGAGUAGUGAGAGUGAAGAUAGACUAUUACAAAGCACGUAGCGGCACAAUGUAUUGCCGUAUAGCAAGAC